AUGGAUGCUCUUCUUCGAGGAUUAUACGCAGCGGAAUAUGCGAGGAGGGACAACACCCCUUGCCUAAUCGAAGAGGUAGGAAUUCUAUCGUUUCAGGCCCCCCGUCUGUUGCUCGUCAUCUCUGUUUCUUCAUGUUCCCAUCGCUGGUCCAACGCCUACCUGCGCCAUACUUGAGCUGAAUCCAAUGUGAUAUGAGCCUCUGUGUUGUCCGAUGAGAGGGUUCACGUGGUAUGGAGGUUGUACAUGGAGAAGAUCAUUAGACCUCAGAGCAGGCCGUCUUGUCCUUCGGCCAGUCUACUCUACUUGUACGGACGCCAGUUCCAUAGAUAUCUCCGGUAGCCACUUCAUGAAAGAGUGAACCCACCCUGCAAUCACUUCUCAGCGUGGAAUGCAAGAGAAAUUCGGAAAAGUGGAGAGCUCCUUCUCUUAAGAAUAAUAGAAUAUCUGUCUCUAUCUAAUCAGAGGAUAAUAAUCUUUCGGUAUUACUCUGAAACAUUUCAGGGCCUGUUCUUGGGUUCUGUUGGAGCGGCAUUCAGGAGAGAUGCGCUAAAAGAAUUGAAUGUGACUCAUAUCUUGACUGUGGCUAAGUCUUUGGAGCCUGCAUUUCCCAAUGAUUUCGUAUACAAGAAGAUCGAAGGUGAGACUUACUUGUCCAGUCCACAUUGCAGACACUCUGCAACGCAUAUCCACGUGAAGCCGGCUUAUAUUCCGAAUUGCACAAAAACCAUCCUUGACUUUAGCAUCCCGCAUUCCACCAUUGUCGAUUUCGUUUUAGGCCCGGUGCCUCGUUUUGGGCGAUUCAUGUUUUUUCCUCACAAAAAAAGAUGACGCGGGGAUUGACUACAAUGGUGAUGCUGUUUUGACAAUUUGGUGCCGUGCUGAUGGACUCAGUGCUCGACAGUCCUUACAUGGAUUUAGCGCAGCAUUUUGAUGCAUGCAUUGAGUUCAUCGACGAGGCUAGGAGAGAGGGCGGCGCUGUGCUCGUUCACUGCUUUGCGGGAAGAUCAAGAAGGUAUUUCCUGUCCCCUUCUCUAUGCUUCCUUUGCUUACGCUUUUUAGAGCUUGCUUCGAAAAGACAGCGCAGGAACCUGCAACUUUGUUAUUAGAGAAGAUGCUGCGUAAACCUGUCCAAAAUCCUAAUGCCCGCCCCGCCCCCCCUUGUUGACUCGGCCGCGCGCAACUGUCCCCUGGGAUGCUAUUUUCCAGCUGUCGUGUCGAUCUCUGCCAUCAGAUCGAGCGUUCAAUGGCUCGGGCAGUUCCCCAUUUAAAGCUAACUCCUCAAGACGAAUCGCAAAAAGUCGUGUUCGAGCCCAAGUGGCUCAAUAAGAGGUAGGAGGGGUGGGUAGGUUCCCUUCCUUGCGAUCCUUUGCGGUUCUCCCUGAUGUCGAGCUGGGUCCUGAGAGAGUUGCGCGAGAUCCUAGGCUUGCUGAUAAAGCAUGCCACGAACAGGUGUCGUAAAUUUGGCAGCAUAGGUUCUCUCUCUCGAACUGGGAAAUGUGGACCCUGAUACGAGUUUAGGCUUUGACGAUGUCUCGGAUGGUUUGACGAUCCUCUGCUAUGAUCUGCUGCAGUGUGACGAUUGUGGCUGCCUAUCUGAUGAAGAAGCACCAUAUGAGCGUUUACGAGGCGCUGACCCAGGUCAAAAUCAAACGACCCCAGAUAUCCCCAAAUCACGGGUUCAUUCAGCAGUUGGAGGCCUUUGAACGGCUCCUUCGAGGUAGAUUCCUUCUGCUUGAUCAGCUCCUCGCACUCAUUCUUUAUGCGCUCUAUUCGAGCUCAUUAUCGAUUUCAGAACAUGCGCAUCCGUAGAACACACAUGGGGCGGCAACAUGUGUCCUAACCCAGAGCGGAUGUGGGGUCUUCGUUUCUUCUUUUUGGGCUCUUUGACGGGCGCUGCAGCGCCGAAGCUUUCAUGGCUGACCUUAUCUUGCGACGAUGUGUGCUUUCACCCAGCCCAUGCCGACGCUGAAACCUCCGAGAAGUGA